AUGGCGUAUGAACUGGAUCAUAAGGAAAUAGUAUCCCUCCGGGGAAAAGAGUAUGCAUUCAACCUGGAAGGUGAAUUGCCGGACUGGCGUGAUGAACCUUCCCGCCAGCUGUACAUGGAUUCAUUCAUCUUAUUCGCGCUGCCAGUCGACCCCGACACAGUUGGAGAAUACCGAAUCAACGGGAUGAAAGACGUGCUCGAGCAUUUGACCCGGAGCAGAUUCCAAUGGUUUCAGUCCGCCAUGUUCAGCAUCAAAGUUGACCAUUUAAUGUGGAACCGCAUCUUCACUACGUAUAUGCCAGGGGGUCAGCCGAAGUUCCCUUGGAAGGUGCCCGAGUUCUCUUCCCAAAGGGGUCUACCCUCCUUCAUCUACAAGGCAUGUAGGACUGGGAUGGGCCUAACAUGUGGUUACCCAUCAUUCAAGGAUGAGACGUCGACAGAACUCGCGCUAUCAAACGUCUCAAGAAUGUCAACCGAAGAGCGGGUACGCAGUUUCUUGAAAAAUGAGCGGCUGGAGCAGUGGUGUUCAACCCGGGGGGUUAUGCCCGUCAAGCAGAAGCAGACGCAAUCUGUGCAAAGCGAAGAAGUCGUACAAUGGCCUCUCAAGCUAAGCCACUGGCCAGCGUCCCAAGAAGGAGAAACAGUGCAGGAAGCCGUGGCGAGAUCGCCAGCGUCACCGAACGAAACCCCCCUCUUGAGUGGCCUCAUGAGGCCCAAUAAUUUGGAGGAGUCAGUGACCCUGGAAAGUGAGGCUGACACGCUGGUUGCCGUGUUAAGGCAUAUUGUCCACGUCCGGGCCAAGCAGAGCAGCCGUGUAGCCGACAUUUUUAUAGCACUCAAGGGAAUGUACGAGAGAAACCCUAUCCUAAGGUACAUACAAGAGCGACCAGCAGCAGCACCGUCAAGAGAUGAAGUUGCGCGGGAUCUGCGUUUGGAAUCUGGGCUCUCCUAUAAGACCGUUCUCGAUCUUUUACAGUGCGAGACUAUGAUGUCAACAAUCUGGACACUCCCAGACUUCCACCUACUAGCCGGUCCGGUCUCGAUGCGCGCGCGGCACAAAGAGGGGUUCCUUGUAGACGAGGGAGACGAAUCAGCGAUGGCAUCAACCAACCGCGCCUUUCUCGAAUGGGACGGGUCUGGGUCGUUAGAGGCGGUCAUUGACGCACUGGUAACACCUACUCCGGAUACAAAUGGAAGAUGCAAGCCGUAUCUGUUAGCCCGCCCUGACAUCCUACAGGUGACUGUUGGAAGCGUCAAGGCGGAUGUGAGACCUCCAAGAGAACUUGAUGUGUGGAUCGGUUACGUCGAGCCCCCAGGAGUCUACUACCAACGACAUCAUACACAACAUUACCUGCUUGUUGGUGUGGUUUCCAUCAGCUGUGAUGGUACUCACACAAGCUCGUUUUGUGACCCGAUUGGAUUCACUACGAACAUGAGCCCAGGGCAGAAAGACUUAUCGACUAUCAUUAUAAGCAAAGAAACUUCGGGGCUGCUCAUAUAUGCCGCAUCAGCGACGUGGGUUACAAAAGACACUCUGGCCCAGAGAGAUCAGCCGCUGCCGCCACAACCGCUGGAGCUUUAUGCCAUGCUCGAUGAAUUCGAGCCGUAUCGCAAUAAAACUUCCGCCGCCACACAACCAGAUUAUCAUGCUACGGAAGACCAAGGUAGUAGUGCACCUGUCUAUACGGGCAGGGAGCAGGUUGACAGGCCGAACAAUAAGCGAAAGACACCACACGGCGAGGCCAACUAG